GGCUUCCGCAUCGAGCGUUCAGUGAAUUUAUUGACAUAGGGAACUGCACUGGUUGUAAUUCAGCUUACUGUAGAAGUGUAUUAUAUACUGUAGCAGAAAGAGGGAAAAUCCAGCAAAAGCUCCGCUCUGCUACAUGAAAUAUGGGAGACGACAGACCGUUUGUGUGCAAUGCCCCGGGCUGUGGACAGAGAUUUACAAACGAGGACCACCUGGCAGUUCAUAAACACAAGCAUGAGAUGACAUUGAAAUUUGGCCCAGCCCGAACUGACUCAGUCAUCAUUGCAGAUCAAACUCCUACUCCAACUAGAUUCCUGAAGAACUGUGAGGAGGUGGGGCUCUUCAAUGAACUAGCUAGCUCCUUUGAACAUGAAUUCAAGAAAGCUGCAGAUGAGGAUGAGAAAAAGCAGGCAGCUGCGGGGCCCCUUGACAUGUCUCUGCCUUCCACACCGGACGUUAAAAUCAAAGAAGAGGGGCCAGUGGAGGUGGACUCAUCCCCACCAGACAGCCCUGCCUCCAGCCCCUGCUCCCCGGUGCUCAAGGACAAGGAAAUUGCCCCCAAGCCUAUUGUGAUAUCUACCCCAACGCCUACCAUUGUACGCCCUGGCUCCCUGCCUCUCCACCUGGGCUAUGAUCCACUUCACCCAACCCUUCCCUCCCCAACCUCUGUCAUCACACAGGCUCCACCAUCCAACAGGCAACUGGGGUCUCCCACUGGCUCCCUUCCUCUCGUCAUGCAUCUUGCUAAUGGGCAGACCAUGCCUGUGCUGCCAGGGCCUCCAGUACAGAUGCCUUCUGUUAUAUCGCUGGCCAGACCUGUGUCUAUGGUGCCCAACAUUCCUGGUAUCCCUGGCCCACCAGUUAACAGCAGUGGCUCCAUUUCUCCCUCUGGCCACCCCAUGCCAUCAGAAGCCAAGAUGAGACUAAAAGCCACCCUAACCAACCAAGUCUCCUCAAUCAAUGGUGGUUGUGGAAUGGUGGUGGGUACUGCCAGCACCAUGGUGACAGCCCGUCCUGAGCAGAGCCAGAUCCUCAUCCAGCACCCGGAUGCCCCUUCCCCUGCCCAGCCACAGGUCUCACCAGCCCAGCCCACCCCUAGUACCGGAGGGCGCCGGCGGCGCACAGUGGAUGAAGAUCCGGAUGAGCGGAGGCAGCGCUUUCUGGAGCGGAACCGGGCUGCUGCCUCGCGCUGCCGUCAGAAGCGGAAGCUAUGGGUGUCCUCCCUGGAGAAGAAGGCGGAGGAACUCACUUCUCAGAACAUUCAGCUGAGUAAUGAAGUCACAUUACUACGCAAUGAGGUGGCUCAGUUGAAACAGCUGCUGUUAGCUCAUAAAGACUGUCCAGUCACUGCACUACAGAAAAAGACCCAAGGCUACUUAGAAAGCCCCAAGGAAAGCUCGGAGCCGACGGGUUCUCCAGCCCCUGUGAUUCAGCACAGCUCAGCCACCGCACCCAGCAACGGCCUCAGCGUUCGCUCUGCAGCUGAAGCUGUGGCCACCUCAGUCCUCACUCAGAUGGCCAGCCAAAGGACAGAACUGAGCAUGCCGAUACAGUCGCAUGUGAUUAUGACUCCACAGUCCCAGUCUGCGGGCAGAUGAUGCCUCCCCUGGUGGAGAGGUCCCCAGCCAGAGCUCGCCCAUUCAAGAGCCAAGAAAGAUGUCAUCUUAUCCCCUCCCAUCUGUCCUGGACAUGGCAGUAUGGGGACGGGACUGUGUGUUGUGAGUAAAGGACAGAUGUGGGGCUUUUCUCUUCAGCCACAUGGUUGUGGACGUUGACACCUGUACUAGGAGCCUCCCAGCCCCAGAGCCACAUAGAUCAUCCCCUAAGCGGGGGUUUCUGAUGUCCUCACAGCCAAAGGCCCUUCCAGAUGGUCUGAA